GACGAACCCAGUAUUGUGUCGACCAGUUCUCGAGGAAAACCGGAAAAGUCAUUCCGGUCGAGGUGUCCCACAUGAGCAACCCGGGAGCUGAAAAAUGGCGACCAAUGGCCAUAUCAAAUCCGUCCACCAAAUUGAGGAUGGCGAGAUCUAUGCCUCAUUGGGUUAUGCAACAACAUCAGCGGGAAGCUGAGCAGCUACAGCAACGUCGUCCUCCUACACCUCCAAAAAUUCCACCGCCGUCGCUCUCCGGGGAUUGUGGUGACCCUGACUACGAAAUCAUCGAGUUUCCGACUCGAUCGCCAACUCAGAAAUCCACCUUGACACCUCAUACGAACGUUGGUAAGUGCGCUUUGUGCGGCACCGAGAACGUCUUCUCACGAUGCGACAUGUGCAAUGAGAAUUACUGCGAGGCCUGCGACACCAUGAAUCACAAGCAUCCAAAGCGCAGGAGCCACGUGCGCCGAAGAAUCAUAACCGACAACGCGAGUAAAAGCAGACCGCCGCUGCCGCCGAAAGGCGAAAAUCUGGCAAAUCCUCCAGUGCCGCCACCACGAAGAAAUCGCAAGACCACUCAGGCUAAGUCAACGCUAGCCAAAGGAUCUGCGCAUCUUCCCUCGCUCGACAAGGUCGAGAGCUUGAAGCGCAACUUUUCCAAUCCAAAGUCACUGUCUUCCGAGAUGAAUUCGAAAGUGUCGAAAUCUACGAAUAUAUUAAACACGUCUUCCAAUGAUGCUUCAGGAACAGGAACAGACAAAAUGUCCACUCUACAGGAAAGAUACAGAAAAUAUCAAGAGGCAAUGAGAGCUCAAGAUGCGAACAGACGACGACACUCAUCUUCUGACACCUCGAGGGAUACUUUGAGUGGAAGACCACUCAACUUAGGCAAUUCAAAACCUGCACCACCACUUCCACCUCCGCCACCACCUCGAGCCAUAAUACAAUCAGCCAGCGUUUGCGACUUGUCCGCUGCUCACAUGUGGAAUCCGGGAAUGCAUCAAGCUCAAUCAAUAGCUCAUUUAGGACCCGGUGGCGUGCCGAUGAUGUGGUAUCCUUCGGCUAAUUCCUGGGAUAUGUCGAUGGGAGGUUCCACUAUGAGUUUGCAUCAUCCAGGCAUGUGGGGAUAUCCUAUGGGCUAUCCGUCGGCUCAAGUGCUACCUCCGCACUAUCCGGGAUCAUUCUCCAGAGCUCACAGUCCUGCUAGGAGUAUAAAGUCCAGAAGAUCAAGACCAGCUUCUCCAUCUCCCAGUUUGAAAUCCAAAAAAUCUUACGUUUCGAGAUCACGAUCGAGAAUAUCACCCGGAUCACCGUCGGACGCGAGUUCGGAAGACUCCGGUGAGUCCGAUAUGGACAGGCUGUCCCGAGGAUCUAGAAGCAGACGUGGUAGCGUACCUAGAAGUAUACGGCAACGAAACUAUCAUGAGGAUGAUAACAGAAGCCUCUUAUCCAGAAGUCGACGAGAAAGAUUAAUAUCUGAGGAAAGAAUGGUGAGCGAAGAUCAGUUGUGCGAGACUUCGUCCACUAAACGAUACUCGACACCUUCAAGAAGUUAUGAUGAAUUUCAGAAGAGCAACACUCUCGGCCGACAUUACAGUCAAAACGACCGUUCUAGAAUGGAAUCUCAGCUAGAACGCGUUCAAAGACGAAGCACCGACGACGAGUCCUCCGAUAGGAAAUUUAACGCGUCAAGUCGAACACGAGUAACGAGCUCAUCCGAAGAUCAUUUCGAAAAGGUAGAGAAUACCUUGAAAAGAGUGUCAUCUCUUCGCAGAGACGUGUUAGAUGAUCCAGAACGAUCUUCUACUCGCCACGAUUCUCGCAGAUCGUCUUACGAGAGCGAUAGUCAAUCCAGGAAAACUUCCUCUCGAGACGUAUCAUCUCCAAGGAAAACAGUUGGAGAGCGAGCACGCCUUCUAGAAAGACAAUCUUCUCAGGGAGGACAAUCUGAUAGAGAACAUACAAAUAAAGAUGAAGUCGAAACACAUUUGUCAAGGAAAGAACAGGUUAUCCGUGACAUUUCGCGAGAUCGUGAGCUUCUUUCAAGAAGAGAAUUGUCUCAGAGAAGAAAUGACGAUUACGACAAAAAUACUACCGGCAAACGAAGUUCUGGCAGAUCCUCAUUCGAAUCUGACAAUCAAAAUGUUAGAAAGAUAUCUGCCAAAGAAAUACCAAAACAGCACGAGGACAAUGAAGAUUGGGAUCUACGUCGAAGAGUCAAUGAUCUUCAAGUUAACGAUCGUCAGCAAUCUAUCGAGAAAAAUCAACAAGUCAAGGAUUCAAAAGCUGAAGUUCUACAGAAAAGACAAGAUGUUGAUACAAAGCAGCAACAGGUUGAGCAAAGAGCUCAGGCUCAAGAUGAAACUGAGAGAGCGAAAGUGAAUCCAAGCACAAGUAUAUCGUCCAAAAAAACUGCGUUGAAUGAGAGAGUAAGCUCAAUGGAAAUCCCGAAAGAAGAAUGGGCAUGCGAGCACUGCACUUUUAUCAACAAGAUCAAUGAUCGCGUCUGCGUAGUUUGUUGCAAAACAAGGAGCAGCGCGUUACCGCCCAGUACCUUGGAUGACAAUUUUGAAAAUCAAGCCGACACGCAAGCCUCAAAAAAUGAAGCGCCAAAAAAUGAUCCCAGUCCCGAUGCCGAGAAACGGACGAAUCUGCUAAAGAUCUCGAACAGUGAAGAGAGCGGCGACAGCGGAUCCGUCAAGAACAAAGAUGCGAUUGCUGCAGAUGAUGAUCUUCUUCUAAAGAGUUCUAAAAAUAUUAUUAUGGCUGUAGCAUCGCAAACACAAGAAGCCUUAUCAGAAUCGACGAACACGUCAUCACCGGUUAAUAAGACCUUGACGGAAGCAUCAUCUUCAACGUCUUCUCCAACGAAUACUAUUCAAGUCACAAAUGCCACAUCAAAGACUCGUGGAAAAUUUUCAAAAAGUCAUUCGAUUUCUACAGGAACGUCCCCACCACCACAGAGUAUUUCAACUCAAACCUACGAUUAUCUUCCUGCAAAAGGAACUCUCGGAAGAUCCACAUCGCUGUCAACGUCAAAGAGUUACUUGUAUUACGACAAUAGCGACGAAGAGGCGGAGUAUCUGUUGCAGGAACCAACCAGAUUCACGAAUAGUCCAGAUUUAUAUCCGCGAACGCUCCAAGAGCAGUAUCUUCAGCAACUGAUAACCGGACAGCGAAGCAGAGAGCGAAUAAGAAGAAAUUCUCUUGAUUCAUCACAUCUCUAUUAUCGUUCCAGGGAGCCCAGCCAAUCGAGAUACGUAGAUCCAGGUCCCAAUACCGGCCCAAUACAGCAAGGACUUUCUACGUUGACGCGUCAAGGAUUGGAAAUAGUGGAGCUGCUGCGAGAAGCCGAGAAACAAGGAUUCACGACAGACGACGUUCAAGUCGCAUUGGCGCAAGGCUCGUCGAAUCCGAUCGAGUGGCUACAGACGCAGUGGCCGCAUUUAGUGGAGACGGUGCAGGUUCUGGCGACGGCGCAGGGCAAAGAACAGAAGGAGAACAAUAUUGGCAUCCUCUCGUUGGCCGAAGCAAAAGAGGCUUUACGGUCGGUUAAAGGUGACAUGUGGAACGCUGUCGCAGCGGCCAUUCGACGCAGACAGCAGAAAUGCAAGCAAAUCAUGGCAAAAGGGAAUUUCACUCUCGCGGACGUUGUCAGAGCUCUCGAUAAUAACACCGGCGUCGAGGACGCCGCUCUUCUCGAGCUGCAGAAAAAUCAGCUCAAGCCGUUUUUAAUGAGAAUAUGGGGUCCUCCGGUCGGGGUGGAGAACGAGGCUGUACCGCAUGACGAUGAUACAUCGGAUGCGGUCGGCGGUGGGACGGGGGUUAUCGCGGGGCAAGCCACAAAUGUGUCCAAUACAGAGGCUCGGAAGCAGGUAAUGUCACCAAUUGUAGAUCAUUUUGUGGCGUUGCAGGCCGACUUUCAAAAGCAACUGGCGGCCCUCAGAGAACUGACCGGUAACUGGCAACACGAGAAAGAUCCCUCGAACAAAUUGGGUAAUAAUAAGUCUGAUAAUCUGUCUGUGCACUCUGAUGAUGGUAGCACUGUUUUAAUCGAUGAAAAUCUGGUCCCAAGGGCCGUACAACAAGCGCUCGGCGUAGCGGAGUCGGGCGAUCUUGUUACGCGGCAAAGACAGGCGAUCGUAAACUCGCAAGAAGACACGAAGCGCUCAUUGAACACUGCGAAAUCGUCUGAAGAACAUCCGGACGGAGUAGAUACGUUGCUUAUCAAUAUUUCCGCGACAGCUACGGCCGAUGAUCUCGUGAGAAAAAACGCGACGGAAUUGCUCGUAUUAGAAAACUUUUCAAAAACUGACGACCAUUUGAUAGCAAACAUUUACCAAACGUCCAUAACUGACGAGGACAAAGCUAUUAUUGUACGAGACACCGAAUCCGAUCUAUUGAAAUGUGAUGGACAGAAAAGUGAAAGUGAUAAAGUCGAAAUAAAAGAAAUUACACAAGUAGAAAAAAAAGAAACGCACACAGACGUUGCGGCAAUAUUGAUUAACGAUACUGCAAUGACGAAAAAAGAAGUUGCGAAUUUAUCACUAUCGGAAGAACGGAAAAGAUUAUUGUCGAGUGACACCGGAGUUGAAGCAUCCUUGUCCGCAGGAACUUCUGCGCUCGACACAACGAACCAUACGGAAGAGGAACCAGGUCAGUCCUCUCCUCCGCGCCAGGAAACUUGGAGCACUCCUGAAUCACCUAAUAUAGCGGGACAGAGCGCGAGGAGCAACGAGCUCGUUGAAGUUGGGAAGUCUACAGAAUUGAGCGAAGCACUUCGGAUCUCUUUCCAGAAUUCGAGUGCUCCCGGACAAGCCGAUAUGGGGCAGCAAUUGUCAUUGCAGGACGAAUCCUCGCGCACGAUGACAGUUUACGAGGAAACAUUCGAAAACGAUCUUUCUGUCGAGGAUCGAUCUUAUCAGCAUGCUUCGAGAGAAAUUCCUAAGCAAGAAGACGAGUCCGUAACGGUGCAAGCUCUGUUGUCAGCUGUGAAAUCGUUGCCGGAGCAGUUUUUGACGCCUUUCAUCACGGCAAUGCAAAUGCUGUCGCCCAAACAGUCGAGAGAAGAUAACACCAACGUGAAUUCCGACGUUCAACUUAUGAAUCGGUUGAAUACUUUACACAGUAUGCAGACUGUAGAUCCAAAAAGGAUCCCUGAGGCUGAAAUAAUCGAGAAGACGAACGAAACAGACGUUCAGAAAUUUGCGGCAACGGAUGUUACACCGAAGAACGAAGUUGUUGAAGAAAGACCUGUGACUGAAGAUAAACAAGUCGGAUCGCAGUUAUUUCCGCAGGAGAUUCAUGAGAAACGUGAGAAAACCCCGGAAAAGACGAGAGAUGGCAAAAUAAUCGAUAAGGACAUUGUCAAAACUAAACUUCCGGACUCUCGGAUGGCAAAGUCCCGGUCGAGCGUUCCAGAUAUUAAACAACAGCAUCAGGAUGUCAGAUCGGUACGUACAGAUACGAGCGAAUCUAAUAUUUCACAGACUAACAUAGCAGCGGAUGAUCUGACAUCCGAAACGUUCUCGAAUUCGGUAGACUUAAAGAUAGCAAAUGAUGACAUUCCCGAAAUAACAGCGACUACAAAUAAAGCGGCAACGUUAAGUAUCGAAGUAGCGGAAUUGACGAUCGAACUGCCGCAAACUACUUUCGCAAAGGAAAUAUAUUCACGUAAGAAUUCUCUAGAAAUAAUUACGGAGAAUGAAAAUGAAGAAAAAUCUACCGAAGACGAAAUUUUAUCAAAGAGAAGAUCAGACGAAGAAAAGUCUUCAGGUGAAUCAUUAAGUUCUUAUGUGCAAUCGUUAGCAUCUUUAACGCAUAAUCAGACCGUCAUUCAAGAACAUCUCGAGCUUACGCACACCGACACAUUGGUUGACGCAUCAUCAUCCUUAAAGGAAGCGAAGAACUCUUCCAUCGCAUCUAAUGACAAGCUUUCCGCUGACAAUAUUUCCGCAGUCAUUAAUAUAUCUUUAAAAAAUGAUUUGUUGCAAAAUAAAAAUUUAUCCGCUUUAAUAAAUAACUCUAACGCGGAAAGAUCUGUUUCUCAAUUGUUAAUAACCGACGCAAACAUUUCUCAAACAAAUCCAAUUUUAAAUAUCGAUCAUUUAUCUGAUUCGUAUGAUAUGCAAUCUACAAACACAGAUAUUAACCAACAAAAUAAACAACAAUUAAAUGAAUCAUCUCAUGUACAUGUUACGUCCACUUCAUCAUUCGCAAAAGUUUCCGAUCAUUUUCCCGAUGUUAAAUUGCCUAUCGAAGUAUUCGAUAAUCUCGAAACGUUGUUGCGUCAUGAUGAAAAUGAUACAAAACCGAUUGUUCCAAAAAAUGCGGUGCACGUUUCGGAAAAAGUAGAACAGACAAUUUCGAUCACAUAUCAUACGCCCGCGAGCGACGAUAAAAAUGAAAGCACGUUGAAAGAAAACGUGCCCGUUGAACAAAAUACGAUCAAUGAUUUAUCCAUUACUGUAUCACAAGCCAAUGAAAGCAUUUCAUCGCCAUUAACAGGCUCGCGCGUUUUACCAGCAAUAAAUUUAGAUCAUCUGUAUGACCAGGAAAAAGCAAUUAUAUUAGCGAAUGUUGACAGGAUUAUGAACGAACAAAUAUCAAAUGAGCAGUCUUUGCUCACGAAUCUAAAAGAUGUGAAUAAGAAUAAAGUAUUAAUCUUAAGUGAUAAUAAAGAAAUACUUUCAAACUUAAAUAAGAAAGUAAUAACUCCGGAUAACGUUGAAGUCGAUAUUUCUUCUGAAAGUAACUCACCCAUUUCAACUGAUGGAUUAUCAAGUGUUUCAGACAAAAUUAAAAUUGCAACAGACAUGGAAAGUAGCAAAACAGAGUCUGUCAAUGUUUCUAAUAUUUUUAAUUCCAUUGUCGAUAAUGAGUCGGAUGCAAACAUUAACAUUCUUCUCGACAGAAAUAUACACAAUCAAUCAUACGAGUUAACGAAUACGUAUAAUGACGCAUUGAAUAAUGUACCCUCUGAAUUAUCCGUCGAAAGUAUUCUUGUCUCAAAUUCGAACCAAGUUAUUUUGCAUGCCACCGAUCGCGACAAAGAAUUCGAACAUGAGAACGAUGACAGUGAACAAGACGCGCAAACAUCCAAUUCCGCGGCAACAAGUAUUUUACAAGCGCUUAAAAAUCUCAAUGUAUUUUUCACGUCGCAUACCGAGAAGAAGAAUAUCGCUUUAACAAUCAACGAAGACUCCAUUUCGGAUCCUAUUACAACGAGCGACGCGACUACCGGAAUGGCUGAUACUUUCGAAAUAAAGAUAUCGGAAUCGCCGGUGAUAACGGUAAAUGAUUGCGCGCCGAUAAAGAACAUCGCAAAUAUCGUCAAAAGCGAAACGAGCAAAAUCACAGAUACUGAUACAAUCGGUACGGAAAUAGCAAAAGAUGUUGACUUAUCGAGAAACGAGGCAUCAGUUGUCGCGCGUAACGAACCGGUAAAACCACCGUCAGAAUUACCGAAUAACGAGUCGAUGGAAAACGACACAAAACAAGCGAAUCAACCUUUUAAAAGCGUAAUCGCCAAACCUGUCGUACAAUACAGAUCAAAAUCGCCCGUUAAAAAAGUCGUUCGAAGAAAGUCUCCCGUUAAGACAGUAAAAAAAUCAAUCAGCGCGCCAAAGAAAAUUGUAAAUUCAAAAAGUACGACUUUCACAAAAGCAAAACCAAUUGCUUGCGAAACUAUCAACUACUCGAAUCGCGUAAUAACGCAAGAAAACAAAUCGCAGAUUCGAGAAUCCUUAAGAUCUGUUGCAAAUAAUAAGAUAAACGGUAAAAAUAAAUCAUUUACACAAGAAAUGACUGUCAAAUCACAUGUGAAUAAAAGCACUGUGCAAAACUUUACAGAAAAUAUUAAGGAAAAUAAUUCUAACAAUGCGUUUACAUCCGGUACAGAAAAAGUAACAAUAAUUGGUAAAGUACAAAUUAUAUCGGAAGAUUCUAAAAACAAAAAAAUUAAAACCACAAAGCUUAUAGACGUACAAAACGAAAAGUGUUCGAAAUUCGGUGAAAUAAAGAAUUCUGAAAAUCGAGAAAUAAAAAGAAUUAAAAGUUGCAAAACUGAAAGCUCAAAAGACGAUAAAAUGCUUAAAAAAACAUUUUUAAUUGGAAAUCUAAAGAAUAAUUUAAAAGUUUCUAAAGUCCUUUCACCGUCAAAAAUACCCGUUUUAAUACACAGAAAACACGUGCAAUCGAGUACUGUUCCAUCAAACUUUUCUAGAAAAAUUUUAAAUAUCACAUCACUGUUGAAAGGUACAUCGACCAAAUUGCCAAUAGCGUCGCAGAGAGUUUCAAAAUCAACCUUAAAAAUCCAAAAAAGCGCCGACAUAUCGAAUCUACCAAUUGCGCGGAAAAUCGAAUCGAAGAAUAAUUGGAAGGCGACCGAAAUUAAAUCUAGUAAUGCAGGGAUCAUUGAAAUUACAGAAAAUGUGGAAGACAAGCAAAUCUCGGAGGAGUGUCAUGCUAAAGAGACUACGGCAGAGCGGGUGAAGACCGAAGAGAUCCCGAAAGUCAAGUCAAUGGAAUCGAUAUUAAGCGAGAAUUCGCGAGCGUCGAACUCGACGCGUAACGAUUCGUCCGCAGAUCUUAGCGAACAAUUGAAAGUCGAAGACGCAGUCGAGAAGAAGAGUUCCGAUGCUUUCAGCUCUGAUUCCGAAUAUUCCGAAGAGGACGAAGACACGGCAAAGUACAUUUCUGAUCAUAACUCGGAAUACAAUUCCGUCGAGGAGGAAUUCACAGACGCGGAAUUGUUGUUAGAGAAAACGUUAAAUGAGAUACGGUCUGAGAUAUCGGAAUCCGAAGAAGAACAGACAAGCGAUUCCGAAGAAAGCGAGGAUGUCACUUAUUCGUACGAAACAGAGAGUCAUGAUCGCGAUUCCGUGUUAUCCGAGAGUUCGAUCGAUAAACGAGAGAUUAAGUCAAGCGAGUUCGAAGAUACAGCGGAAGAGGAUAUGUACGAAGAACUACCAUUUGAAAAAGAAAAGGAAGAAGAAGAAGAAGAAGAAGAAAAUAAUCAGUCUGAACGUGAAAUGAAAAAACAAUCUGAAGUGACAGAUGAAAGAAUUGAUGACGCGACACGUAGAGAAAUUAAUAAUACUAAGGUCAACAAUUUAAAGACAACGGAAAAUAUACAUAAAAAUGAAGAAACUAACCUGAAGCUAUUAAGUGAGACUAGUACUGCAGUCACAGAAUUAAAUCAACCCGAAAUGAUCGCAAAUAUCAAUGAAGAAACGUUAGAAGUUUCUUCGAGUCUUAAAACUUCAGAUUCUAGUAUUGUCGUAACAGAUUUAAUAGUAUCUUCAGCAAAGAUUGAGGAAAGUUCAGAAUCUAAAGAAAGCACUCAGUCAAAAGAAAAGAAUUUAAUGGAGAAUAAAUCAAAAAUAAAAAAUGCAAAUAGAAUCACGGAAGAAGAUCAAUCGAUACAGAACGAGAAGGUAAAGUUACCAAAAGUCACAACCGCUGCAAAACACAUAAAAAUAGAUCGAAGAGCUAGUACGGGAAGCAAAGAGAUCAAAAUCGAGAAGAAUGACACGUUAAAGGGAAUGGACCGGUCGCUUAAAAAACGAUUUUCCCUCGUAGCCAGUUGCAUUCGUCGGUUCGAGGGCGAAGAGAACACCGAAAGAGCGCACGUGAAAAGCAUCAAGAGACGAUCAUCUCCCAAAACGGAACGGGAGAGAAUCGCACGUCGUCUCUUAGCAGAGGGUCGAGCAGCGAAUUACGAUGAGGCUGAGGUAGCCGCUAGUUUGCUGGCCCUUAAGUUUGGAGACGCCGAGGCACUUCAAGCCGCGAAAGAAUGUUCCAAUGUGGAAUCAGCGUUAGCUUUUCUGCAACAGGAGUGCGAGCUAUGCACCGGUCGUUUUGCAAUGAGUCAAAUGGUAUCCAUGUUGAAGUGCGUACAUCGCUGCUGCAACGAAUGCGCGAAGAAUUAUUUCACUAUCCAGAUCAGCGAUAGAAACAUCACAGAUGCUGUUUGUCCGUAUUGUAAGGAGCCUAAUUUAAAGGACGCGGAUGAAGACGAAAUUCUCGAAUAUUUCAGCAACUUGGACAUACAACUUAAAACCCUAUUGGAUCCACCGAUCCACGAACUCUUCCAAAGAAAGCUCAGAGAUCGGACUUUGAUGCAAGAUCCGAACUUCAAGUGGUGCAUUCAAUGUUCAAGCGGAUUUUACGCUGAUCCUGAUCAAAAGCGUUUAAUUUGCCCCGAUUGUCGAUCUAUUACUUGUGCUUUUUGCCGAAAACCGUGGGAAAAACAACACGAAGGAAUCUCAUGUGAGAAGUUCGCUGCUUGGAAGGAUGAAAACGACCCGGACAAUCAAGCCGCGGGUUUAGCCAAACAUUUGGCCGAUAAUGGCAUAGAUUGUCCUAAGUGCAAGUUCCGUUAUUCAUUGUCUCGAGGAGGUUGCAUGCAUUUCACAUGCAGCCAGUGUAAAUAUGAGUUUUGUUGCGGUUGCGGCAAAGCCUUCAUGAUGGGAGCGAAAUGCACGGUCAGUCCAUAUUGCGCCAAACUAGGCCUCCACGCCCAUCAUCCGCGCAAUUGUCUUUUCUAUCUUCGUGACAAGGAACCGGCGCAGCUGCAGCAAUUACUCCGAGAGAAUGGCAUCGAAUACGACACCAAAGGUCCGGUUGGAGAACGCAAGUGCAAGAUGCAACUGCAGAAAGAAACGCCGACAGGGGUUGUCGACGCCGUGUGCAAUUCCGAUGUCGUCGAAGGUCACGCUGGUCUGUGCAGGAUUCAUUACGUCGAAUAUCUCGUGCGAAAGAUCCAUUUGACGCAGCUGGAAACGCUGCCCUUGCUAAACGUGGAUGAUCUUGAAACGUGCGUGCGACGCGCCGGGCGAAAACUGCCCGCGAACUGGCAGCACUACAUUGAGUACUUGGCGGGUCUGGUGCUCAAGAGCCGGCUGGACCCUGUGGCGAUAUUUGAUUUGAACGACGCUAAACAAGAGUUGCGCCGACGGGGAAAAGUUCCUCCUGCGAAGGGCCAAGAAAUGUCCGAGCGGGAUUAUCUUGAGGCGUGCAUUCAGGUCGUAAAGCGAGAGAUUCCACUGGAGUGACUGCAGAGAAAAACAUUUCAGAAAAAGAAAACGCGUACAUCUGAAGUCAAAAGUGAUAAAGUGGAUAGUAUAAAUUAUUUAUUUUUACUUGUAUGAACUAUAAACUUUAAGUGAAAAUAUAAUACAUAAUAAUAGAUGACCGUAGAACAAAUAAAUGUAACACAUAUGCGUUAUUAUGUUAUAAUAUCAAAAUCUCAUAUAUAUUUUUGACAUAAAAACGUGAUGUAAUGCCUAUAUAUUGAGUAAACGUCGUAUUCGUAACAAAUUUCAAAAAGAAAUACCGUUUGUCACUAUAUUUUACUCGUUUUUAACAAAGAUCUAUACAUAAAAUCACGUACGUGUUUCUUUAAUAAAUCAACAAGAAAAAGUUAUAAAUUAUAUAUUAAAAAUAAUAUAUGCACUUGUAUGUAUUU